AUGUCGACUUCAUCUUCCACGGAGUCAUCAUCAACAAACACAACCGUGAUGAACACUCCGUCGUCAAUAACAACCAUGUACUUGAGUGAUAUGAACAAAUGUCGAGACAUUUGGAAGAAUUUUGAGUUGGAUCGGAAGAGAGAUUUAUUUGAUUCUCAGGGAAUUAAUAUUUCAAAAUCAAGAGAACAAUCAGCAGCUAACAGAAAGAACCUUGCUCAAAUCACAAAGGACUUUAAAAAACUGAGUAAUGAAGAAAAGGUCAGCUCAUUCCAAAAGGUAUUAAAGGCAUAUCAGGAAGAAAUUGAUUCUCUAACCAACAGAAGCAUGAGUGCAGAAAAAUUGUUUUUAGAUCUGUACCAACCACUUCGGGAAGCUCCCGAUCCUUAUUAUAUUAUUUGUAAAUAUCAACAGUUAUUCCAACAAAACCAACAGCAAAAUAACCAAGAAGAAUACGAAAAGACAAUAUCUGAAUUGAAAAAUCAGUUAAAUGACUAUGAAAACGAAUUUAUGCAUCUAAAAAAUCAAGAAGUUACUAUUCGGAAAUUGGAAGAAGAAGCACUCAAGUACAAGAACCAAAGUGAAUUGCUAAAAGAACAUGACUUUAUCAUUCAAAAACAUAAAGACCGUGAAAUAAUUAUUCUCAAUGAGCUGAAAGAAAUCAAAGCAGAAAAUGAGCGCCUAAACAACCUGUAUAUUGAUACUCAAAAUUUAAAUUAUGAGUUGAAAACCAGGUUGGAAGAGAUUGAAGCGUCACGUCAAUAUCAAGUAGAUUUGCAUCAAGAGCAAGUAUUACAGCUAGAGAAUCAAAUUUUAGAGCUAAAAAGCCAAACGAAAGCAGCCACUGAGCAUUUGGAUGGCUCUCUGGAUGAACAAAUAGUCAUUAAUGAAAUGAAAACAGAAUAUCUCAAGAAGAUAUCCGAACUUAAGGAAGAUGUAAAAGAAAAAAAUCACAAAAUUCAACAACUGCAUCAACAAUUACAACAACAGCAACAAAUAAUCUUAAACAUACAGAACGAAAUGACCCAACGACCAACACGAGAAGCACUCCAAAAACUCCAAGAAAGAAUUAAUACACUUCAACAACUAGAGUUUGGAUACGACUCAAACACUCAAGAAAAGUCUGUAGAGCAGUUGUUGAAAGAGAAGGUGAUAAAGUUGGAAAAUGAUCUCACCAAAUCUAAUCAAAACAAUAGAGACAAAGACGAAAAAAUUGAAUCUCUCAAUACUCAACUCAAUGAGCUUUCAGUCAAGGCAUCAGAACAAUUGCGCACUAUUGAAAAGCUUGAGGCAAGUGUGGAUCAGCUCACAAAAUCAUCCACUCUACCCUCCAAUACAGAAGAAGUGAACACUAGCUUAGAACCUCAAUCUCUUAUUUCUAUUCUAACAGAACAACGAAAUAGAUUCAGAGAUAAAUUCAAUACAUUGGAAGAAGAGAACUUGAAACUCAAACAACACAUUGAACAUUUAGAAAAUGAGCAAUCAAAAUUGCGAAAAGAAAACUUAAAGCUUUAUGAGAAGACCAAAUAUUUGCAAUCGUACAACCAGAAUGCACACACUUCUACAAACAGAUCCGCCUCGUCAUCACAAGAUUUUGAGCCAAUUCAAAACAAAUAUGAACAGCUCUACGAACAAGAAUUAGAUCCAUUCAAGAGAUUCCACAGAAAAGAAAGAGAAGAACGCCUGAACAAUAUGACAGCAGCCGAAAAGGUAAUUUAUAGAUGCAGCAGCUUAAUGCUAUCGCACAAACUCGGGAGAAUGUUCUUGUUCUUUUACCUUCUUGCUUUACACACUUUAGUAUUCUUUACAUUGUCCAAGCUAUCUGGUCUGUCUAUUCGAAGAAAAUAA